UGAUAUGACUGGUUUACUUCCUGUAACAGUCGGGAAGGUCCUGCUGGUUAUUGUCUUGGGUCUAAGUACUAACUUCUGCACUUUGGUUAGAUUUAUCCGGGUCGUUGCUGAGCAGGAUGAUUGAUGUUCGAGCAUGGGCAGAAUAUGUUGUGGAGUGGGCUGCCAAAGACCCCUACGGUUUCCUCACCACCAUCAUAUUGGCUCUGACCCCUCUGUUCAUCGCCAGUGCACUGCUGUCCUGGAAGCUGGCCAAAAUGAUUGAGGCACGUGACCGCGAGCAAAAGAAAAAGCAGAAGCGUCAGGAAAACAUAAAAAAGGCCAAGGGGACCAAGAAAGACUGAGCCUUUUGUGAGGGGGCGGGGAAGGAUGAGGGCAUAAGAGAAGGACGAGCAGCCAUCAGUCACAGCCCUUCCUUGUCCCAGCCCUACUGCCAACCCAGGGCCACUACGCCUCACAGUCAGGCAGCGGGACACUGGCCCCAUAGGCCUGACAGUGCUGCGAUGGACACUAAUGACAAGAGGAGACUUGUCCCAGUAGGACU